UACCCUACCCCCUCAAAUAUUUUAAUCAUGCUUUCAUCACCAUCAAGAACUAAACCGUUCAUAUAUUUCCCUUCUAAAAAUUCCACCAUCAAUUUCAUAAUAAUCAUGUUCAUCUCUCAUUUUUCCUAGCUAGAACUACUAUACUAUCGUUCAUCUCUCUCACUUUCUCUAACUUUUUCCAUGGCCAAAACCAAAAAUUCAAAACCUAAAACCUCUAUUUUUCUAUGUUGCUUUAGAUCACACAUGCCAAAUAAACCUUCAACAAAUGAUUCAUCAACCAUUAAAGAAGUUAAUCCUAUACCAAAGCAAAAGAAAAGUAGUUGGUUUUCAUGGAGAUGGAUUAAAAUGAAAAUGAAGUCAACGUCCAAAACGGUGCCGCUUGAAGCUUCAUUCUCUCAUUAUUCAAAGUCACGGUCAAAGUUUUCAACUCUUCAUCAUAAAUCUAGAAAAACUCUACCAACCAAUCCUCCACCGUCAAUUCCGCCGUCUACGGUGGUGCUCCCCGGCACCCCUUAUUAUACACCAACACAGACAAGGCAUGGUCCAAUUAAUGACAUUAUUACAGAAGACACACAUGUACAAGGUAGAGCUACUCCAACACGACCAAAACGACAAGUACAAAGGCUGUCGUCUACAACACAAAACCAAACGACAAUAAAAAACCUAAAAAACGUACGAAGUUCAUAUGAUCCUAUAGUUGGAAUGUCCAUACUAGGUGUGACCUUACUCAUAAUGAUAUUUUGGGGUCGUUUUUGUGCCAUUCUAUGUACUUCAGCAUGGUUGUAUUUUAUACCACGUUUUAGAAAUAGUGGUGGUGGAAAUUAUGAGGAAGAUGGUGCCAAAAUAAUGUCAAAGAAUGAUGUAGAUUUUGAUUCUGAGGAGUAUAAGAAAAAAGUGAUUAUGGAAGGACUUCUUGGGAGAAAUAAUCGAGGUAGUAAUAUAUGAUGUGAAGAUUCUUGUGUUACUCAAAAAAGGAAAAAAAGGGAAAAAAGAUUCUUGUGAUUUUGGUUAAGGUAGGCCAGUAGGUGGGUUGUUGAUCAUGUCGUCUGUUGGUGGCUGCUUGAAAUUUUGUCUUAAAAUUUAGUUUAUAUAGUACUAUUAUACUAUGUAACAAAAAAAAAA